UGGAGGUGCAGAAGAAGUCAGAAAAUAGAGACACGCGGCCGACGUCAUUUGCAAGAAAAAUAACAACAACAACAUAUUUCGUUACUAUGUAGUUAGCUUUGUUGUUGAGAUAUUUUAGCCGUCGCAAGACCGAUUACUCUUUUAACCCAGCUCGUUUUCUAUCGCUUCAUGCUAACUAGCUGAUAACAUCUGCUUUACGUCAGCAUGGCCCAACCGAGAGGAGUCAACAGCCUGCAGUUCAACCAGGACCAGAGUUGUUUCUGUUGUGCCAUGGAGACAGGUGUUAGGAUAUACAAUGUGGAGCCUCUUAUGGAGAAGGGAAACCUUGACCAUGAGCAGGUGGGAAGUGUGGCCCAGUGUUCCAUGCUGCAUCGCUCCAACCUGCUGGCUGUAGUAGGAGGUGGAGUCAACCCCAAGUUCUCGGAGAUCUCUGUGUUGGUCUGGGAUGAUGCUCGGGAGGGAAGGGACCCCAAGUUGGUGCUGGAGUUUACCUUCACCAAGCCUGUUCUGGCAGUACGCAUGAGACACGACAAGAUCAUCAUUGUGUUAAAGAAUAGAAUCUAUGUCUACAGUUUCCCUGACAACCCUGUGAAACUGUUUGAGUUUGACACCAGAGACAACCCUAAAGGACUGUGUGACCUAUGUCCCAGUCUGGAGAAACAGCUGCUGGUCUUCCCUGGACAUAAGUGUGGAAGUCUGCAGCUUGUGGACCUGUCCAACACUAAGCCUGGCACUUCGUCUGCGCCCUUCACCAUCAAUGCCCACCAGAGUGAGAUCGCCUGCCUGGCACUCAACCAGCCUGGCAGCGUGGCAGCAUCGGCCUCCCGUAAGGGCACCCUGAUCAGACUGUUUGAUACUACCACCAGAGACAAACUAGUGGAGCUACGCAGAGGAACAGACCCUGCUACACUCUACUGGUACUGGGAGGGAGGGAGGAACAGACCCUGCUACACUCCAUAA